AUGACCAGGGCCCAUAGCAAUCUCAGGCACGUCCAAGAAUGGGAAAGGGGUGACCGAGUCGUUGCAAUGCGGUCCAACAGCCUCUUCAGCACGCUUUACGUGUUGCUCUUGGCGCUGCUCUUUAGCAAUGUCGCUGCUGCUCUUCGUGCUGUCAAUACCACGUACGACGAUUCCAACGCACGCAAUUUUACUGCUGCAUCUGGUCAAGAAAGCUACACGGAACAGGCCGGCAAGAGCAAAUACCUCCUCGGAGUUGGCAAGGCAGACAUCACUGGUCCUGUCGCCGAGGUGGCAUUGACUGGCUAUGCCAACUUGCAACAGGUUGGUGCUGGCCUACGGCAGAGGCUCUUUGCCCGUGCCUUCAUCGUGGGCGAUACAGAGGACCCCAGCGCCAGGGUUGUCUAUGUUGUCCUAGAUGCCCUCGUCGGCGACACCAGCGUGCGCUAUGGUGUCCUCGAUGCCCUCUCCAAGCUCGGCGACGACUACAAAAUGUACGGCCAGCAAAAUAUUGCCCUCGCCGCUGUCCACAGUCACUCCGCGCCCGGCGGCUGGAACAACUACCUGACGCCUCAGAUCCCCGGCCUCGGCUUCAACGACGACAGCUACAAUGCGCUUGUUGACGGAACUGUGCAGGCCAUCAAGGCCGCUCAUCAGAGCCUCUCAGAAGGGACACUGGACGUUGGAUAUACCGAUAUCAAGGAUGCCGCCAUCAACCGCUCUCUGUGGGCCUAUCUCAACAACCCGAGGGAAGAACGCGCUCGAUACGCCGACUCCACCGACAAAACCAUGACACUUGUUCGCUUCACACGCUCCGAGGACGACAAGAUCGUGGGUAUCCUCAACUGGUUCCCAACUCACGGUACCUCUAUGUACCGCAACAACACCCACGUUGCGGGUGACAACAAGGCUCUCGCCUCAUGGAUGGUCGAACAGGAUGCCAAAUCCAACAGCCGGUAUGCGGACAGCUUCAUCGCGGGCUUCAGCCAGGCCAACCUGGGCGAUGCCUCGCCAAAUGUGGAAGGUGCUUGGUGUGAAGAUGGCUCGCAAGCCCAAUGUUACCUCGAAGAUGGCACUUGCAGCGACGGAACAGUUCAGAAGUGCCAGGGCCGCGGUCCCUACGCUGGUCUCCCUGAUUUCGGUGCGAAGAGCUGCCACGAAAUUGCCACGCGUCAGUUCAACGGUGUGCAGAGAAUCAUGAACUCGGACGAUUGGACAUUGAUUCACGGCCCCGUUAAAUCUUUUCACUUUUUCCAGAACAUGGCCGGGUGGGAGUUUGAUCUGCCCAGUGGCGACAAGGCCAGGACGUGCGCUGCGGCCCUGGGCUACUCGUUUGCUGCAGGCACCACCGAUGGACGCGGCGAGUUUGAUUUUAUCCAAGGGAACGCUGGGAAGCCGCAUAACCCGUGGUGGGACUUUGUCCAGAACAUCGUCAAGAAGCCGUCGCAGGACCAGGUCGACUGCCACAAGCCCAAGCCCAUCUUCCUGUCAGCAGGGGAGCUCUCUUGGCCGUAUGCAUGGGAGCCCAACACUGUGGAUAUACAAAUGUUCCGCCUCGGGCAGCUCUUUGUGAUUCUCAGCCCCAGUGAGGUCACCACAAUGAGCGGACGCCGCUGGAAGGAGGCCGUCGGCAAGCAGGCGGCCAGAGAUAUAAAGGACCCCAUUGUGGUGCUCGGCAGCCCCGUCAAUGUAUAUGCUCACUAUGUGACCACGCCAGAGGAGUACGACAUGCAGCGCUACGAAGGCGCGGCCACCCUGUACGGCCGCCAUGAGCUGGACGCCUAUAUCAGCCUCACCACCAGCAACAUGCACCAUCUCGGGGCCAACGCGACCGGCCAGCCGGCCAGCGAUGCCGCGCCGCCGAAUAACGUGGGACGAUCGCUGCGGCUGCUCCCACCCUCACUGUAUGAUACGGCCCCGUUUGGCCGUGGCUUCGGCGACGAGGUGGUGCGGCCGAAGCCGGCGUACACGCGGGGCGAGCUGAUCAAGGUGACAUUCCAGGGCGCCAACCCCCGAAACAACCUGCGUCUUGGGAGCACGUAUGCGGCCGUCGAGCAGCAAGGAGCAGACGGCCGGUGGACGCAGGUGCGGGACGAUGCGGACUGGUUCCUGGUCUUUACGUGGCGCAAGACGAGCGCGGUCCUCGGCCGGUCCGAGGUAGACAUUGAGUGGGAUACGGCGGGCAACGCUGCGCCGGGAACGUACCGGCUCCGGUACUAUGGCGAUGCCAAGAACUUUGGAUCAGCUGCAAAGGGGUUUACUGGGACGAGUAGUCAGUUCUCGCUUCGAUAG